UUAAUAGCAGUAAUGAUAUUAUUUUAGCAGAUUUUGGCUCAAGUGCUUUUAUAGGAGGGAUAGAUUUUUAUGGAGGUGCACCAUUGGUUUUAGUUUCUGAAUGUGUGCUAAACAGUUAUGGAAAACCCAUAGAUGCUCAUCCAAAGGAUGACCUUCAUACAUUAAUUCAGUCUCUUUAUUUACUUGUAAAUCAGUCAAAUUUAAAUGAAACUUUUUUAAACAUUGAUGACACAAAUUCAGUUUGUAAAUAUUGGGAAAAUAUAUUUAAAAGUGAGCCAUGGAAGACCAUGCAUAGACAUUGCAAUGAAUUAGCAUAUUAUGAACUUAAAUGUAUCAUUGAAAAUUUAGUUGAAAAUCAAAUUUAUGGAAAAAAAGGGGGCGGAAAACAAAUUGAUAUGUUAGAAGAAUUGGAAGAGUGUGUAAAACUUGGUGAACUUACAUCCGAAGAGUUGCCAACAAUCAAAACAAUUGAAGGAUGGAUAAGUCGUUUUGCUGCUUCUCAUAAAAAAUCAAUGGCACAGAAAAUUUUAGAAGAAAACCAAAAUAAAAAUCAAUGA